CUGCAUCCAUAAUAUUCCUAAAUGUAGGUACAUACUUAUUUUUCCAUUUGUAGCUAUGGAUAAUAAUGUUACACCCUAUUUUGAGGAUCUAGCCAGAGAUUAUCAAGAGAGUGUUAAUCAAGAAUUUAAUAGAAAUGAACAAACAAUAACAGAAUGUUUGCAGAAAUUAGAAACACACUGUCGAAUAUUAUUGGUAUUGGUAAACCACACUACAGACAAUUUGCAAAAUUUAUUAAUUAACCUGUACAAUAUUGUUCAUGAUAUGUUUGUGAAACUGGAUAACUUGUUAGAUGUUCCAUCGGAACAUGUAGCUUACUCUAGUCCCAAUCAAAGUAGUGGUUUUGUGGGAAGACCUAGCAAGAUUAUAACAUAUGAGCAAGUUGUGCACAUCAGAAAGUAUUGUAAUAGUUGGAAGGACGUGGCAAAACUUUUAAGGGUUUCAAGGAGCACUUUAUUUCGAAAUAGAAAAGGCCUAAAUAUAAGUGAUCAUAUGGUGGAUGAUCAUGACUUGAAAGCAGUUAUAGAAGGCAUUUUGCAAGAAACACCCAAUGCGGGUGAAACCUAUGUACUAGGUAGCUUAAAAAGUAAAAAUAUAUUUGUUCAACGUUGGCGAGUUAGAGAGCACAUUAGUACUAUAGAUCCAUUGGGUAGAGAGCUUAGAAGAAGAUCUGCAAUAAAGAGAAGAGUAUACAAAGUACAAGGCGCCAAUUAUUUAUGGCACAUUGAUUCCAAUCAUAAACUAGUAAACUUUCGAUUUGUAUACCAUGGGUGUAUUGACGGUUUCAGUCGAGCUAUUAUUUACUUGGAAUGUUUAACUAACAACAAAGCCAAUAGUGUGUUAAGUUGUUUUCAAAAAGGUGUAACUGAAUUUGGACUACCCAGUAGAGUUCGCGGCGAUCGUGGAACAGAAAACAUAUCAGUAGCACGAUAUAUGAUUGAGCAGCGAGGCAUGAAUCGAGGGAGCUUCUUGGUUGGCCGUUCUGUUCACAAUCAACGAAUAGAAAGGCUAUGGGCAGAAGUUAAUAGAAUAGUGACCAAACAUUUUAAAGAACUGUUUUACUAUAUGGAAGAUCAAGGACUAUUAGAUGAGAACAGUGAGAUUGAUUUAUUUUGUUUAUGUCACAUAUAUUUACCACGUAUACGGCAAAGUUUAAACCAGUUUGUUCAACAAUGGAACUAUCAUGGUUUGUCCACAAUGCACUCCAGAUCGCCUUUCUAUUUGUGGAAUGCUGCAAUGCUAACCGGUGAACAUUUCAAUGCAUUGGAAGACCCGAACUAUAUAUUAAAUGGGGAAGACUAUGGAGUAGACAACAUGGGGCCGCUCGUGUGUAUAGAAACAGCAAAUCAUGUGGUAAUACCAGAUUGUGAAGUUGUUUUAAGAGAAGAACACAUAGCGCAGAUCACAGAGUUAGUACCAAAUGCUUUAGAUGACGAUGGCAAUAAUGGAAUCAUACUCUAUCAAGCUAUAAGGGAGUAUUUAAGACAUAACUAUCGAGACUUGUAA